AUGAGCUAUGUACUACGGGAUGGGGACUUGGUCGAGGCAGAAGCAACUACAGUUUACCAGCUACCGCCGCCGCCGCGCUUGAGCUCCCAACACCACCCAGCAACGAACUGGCGGCGACAGCGCCAAGCUGUUCGGCCGUCAGGAGCCACAGCCAACAACGUUAAUACCCGCCUGCCCGCAGCAUCCAAACGCCUUCUCGACUCCAGGGCCACACAAACUGAGCGUCACCAAAUUGGACACCAGAUUGGACACCAGAUUGGACACGACACUGCACGCUGCCUAGGCCUAGAUCGCAGUGCAGUGCGCAACAUCGCCCAUCUUGCAUUCGCUUCAACGCAGCCAGCCUUGCACCUUGCACCCCACACCCUUUGGGGGAGACCCACCACCACUGACCGGCUGGGCACCACCAUCUGGGCACCACACCCUCCAAGCUCCGGCCCGUGUUUAGAUAUUGCCGAACGCUGUCGUCGGGCGAUACGACUGCGCAAACUUCCAUCCUCCUUCUGGCAACUCUUUGGCCGCCCGCUUUCCCCUGCAAACACCGCCAAAAUUUACCCACCACGAGAGCAGGCCGCCGCCGGUGCGCCUGCGCCUCCACCUGGAGAGAAUGGUGCACCGCGGCUGAACGCCGUGACCACCUACCCAUAUCAACAACCCACGCGCCCUCCACCCUCCCCCAUCUGUCAGGCCUCGCCCUCCACCGUCGAGGCCUCUCCGCAGCGGACGCCUGGGCCGACACGAGUGCGCGCGUCCGUGGCCUGCCUCAAGUGUCGUUCAAGUAAAACAAAGUGCGACAAUGAAGGCGAGAAGUCACAGUGUAAAGCUUGCCAAGCCAAGAAUGCCGAAUGCAUCUACCAAUCUACCACAGGCUCGAGCGUUGUCGGCGCCUCUCGCCGCGAGAGCACCACUGAUGGAGACCUGCCAGCCAAAAAGCGUCAACGCAAGGUUGCGGCACACGCGCCGGGCGUGCCCAUAUACAGCGCACCCCUGCGGCCUCGUUCAGUAGAUGGAUUGGGAACUUACGAAGAUGCGCUCGAAUCACCACUGCUCACAGCAGAGGUUUGGGCCGAGCUGUUUGGAAUAUACGAGACACAUCUUGCCAUCGACUUUCCAUUUUUCCACAGAAGAGUGUUUCUCAGCUGUAUACGAGAGAGACCGCAGAUUGGAUUGCCUUCAGACUCCAGACUGGACGCGUCCUCAGCAAUGCCACAACCUCAAUACCCACCUUUGCUUUUGGCAUUUCUCACCCAAACGGCACGAUUCUGCCCCAAGCUCAUAGAGCACAAAAAUAAUAACCCUAUUGAGACUGCCAAUUUCUAUGCCGAGGCCACGCGCUACCACAUGGGCAAGUGUGAUUUUCCGGGGGAGCCGACAUUGGAAAAAGUGCAGGCCUUAUUACUGUUAGGCUACCACGAGUGGACCGCUUUGCAGGGCAGAAAGGGUUGGGUCAGGAUAGGGACUGCGAUACGCUGCGCGCAGGGCCUCAGCUAUCAAUUUGACGCAGAUCAAGACGACAGAAAACCAGCCAUGCUCAAGGAGCCUGAGCGUCGACUUUCGGAAAAAGACCAAUUCAUUCUUCGCGAAAUCCAAAGACGCACCUUCUGGAGCUGUUGCCUCCUGGACUGCUAUAUGAGCUGGGGAGAGAAUCGGCCCCGAAUGUUAAGUGCGGAAGACUUCCAGCGGAUCCAGCUUCCUUGUAGCAAAGGAGCUUUCGAAUUCGGUCGCAAAGUUCGAACGAGACUGCUUGGCGAAACCAAUGCUGCGUACGCAAGGCGAAGGAAUGCCCUACGCGAACUGGCCAUGCGUCAGCAUAACCAAUCCGGUUAUCCGCAACAAGCUAUUCCUUUUGAAGAGGUCAAAUGGGAAGUUGAAUUCGAGGGUGAGCUUCCUUGGUACAUCACGAUUGUUGACCUUUUCGGUGAAAUUGUCAAGUGGUCGUGUAGCGGUGGUAGAAGACAAGAAGGAGCGACACCGCCAUGGGAUGAAAAUACUAAAUUCAAGAAAUUGGAAAACAAACUUCGACUAUUCAAACAGGAGCUUCCAGAUCAAUUGCAACUCACGGCAGAAAACAACCAAGAUAGGGUCUACAAUGGGUCCGACAACUAUCUUCUUAUACAUGCACUUUACACAGUAUGCACGGUCUUCCUAUAUCGGGAAUAUAUGGCCAUGGCUCCGUGGGCGGAGAAGAAACCUGUCGGACCACUAGAUGAGCCGCUAAUCAGAGCAAGACCACCGACGGAAGACUAUUGGAUCAACCAGGCACAGGAAUGCUGGAAAGUCUGUAAAGAGUUCAUUGACCUUCUCGCCGAUAUGCAAUCUGCUCGGCGAAAGUCAGACCUUCCUCAGAUGCCUAUAGUUGCAUUUGCUUCCUUCACGGUAGGCCUGUGCACGAUAUAUUGUCACUACUUCCCCAAUAUGGAUCCUGCUCGCAGUCUUUCUUCGCGCAGGCGACCCAGAGCGCAUGAUGUUGCGCAUAAUUAUCUUGAGACCAUCUUAGAGCGCUUUUCUAUGGGCGCUUCUUGGGUAAAGCAACUGGCUAGUUGGCAACGUUAUUAUCGUACUACACGAGAGCGGUACAAAGAGUCUGGAGGCAAAGUUGGCGAUUCUCCGCAAAGCUCGACAAGUGAUAGUAGCGGUGGUGGGUUGAAGGACUACCUUGAACUUUUCGAGAAGACACACAAGGAAUUUGGCAACAUUCAUGCCAAGCACGACGGCUCAUGGACUGAUAAAGAGCUGGACUUGGCAGAUUCAAUACUUCCCCAAGAGGACAGCCACGCGGAACGCAAUGCCUCCUCUAAUCCUACUCGUCUGAAACGCGAGACUGAAGAAGUGUCCAUGAGCAAACCUGUUCUCACCUCAGGUUUCACAGUAGUCAACCCAUCCAAAUCAAGUGCAGCAGAUGGAAAUGGGGUACCCGCUAACAUGCCAGUAGCGGGAGGGCCUUGCCAUGGUCCACACAUGGACGGUAAUACCCUAAGCGGAGCAACGCUGCACCAGAGGGUUCAAGAUCAAUCCUCCUUCUACAAUAAUUCCUAUCAGCUAGGCAUGUCCAAUGUGCACGCACAGCAUAGUAUCACGGGUAGUCUUCCCGCAUCCGCGCCAUUUUCGGAUCAGGUUGGAUACAGCGGUGAAGUGAAUACUGCCCCGUUAAAUAGGCUACUUGGGUUUGGAUAUCGUGGAUUGCAAAAUCUUGAGGAUUUUACUCCGGUAAUGUGCGCGGACGAAGAAAAUAUGGUCUACAACAUGUACGGCAUAGACCCUUACUAUAAUGGCUUGGAUUUCACUGGCAACAGCACCUACGACCAAAGCCAAUGGCCGCCAAAUCCUCCAGGAACGGAUACCUACGCGUAUCAGCAUCAACCCCGUUGA